AUGGAGGAAGUUGCUGCCCUCGUUAUCGACAAUGGCUCCGGCAUGUGCAAGGCCGGUUUCGCCGGUGAUGAUGCUCCUCGUGCCGUUUUCCCUUCCAUUGUCGGUCGCCCCCGUCACCAUGGUAUUAUGAUUGGUAUGGGUCAAAAAGACUCGUACGUUGGUGAUGAGGCCCAGUCCAAGCGUGGUAUCCUCACGCUUCGCUACCCUAUCGAGCACGGUGUCGUCACCAACUGGGACGACAUGGAGAAGAUCUGGCAUCACACCUUCUACAACGAGCUCCGCGUUGCCCCCGAGGAGCACCCCGUCCUCUUGACCGAGGCUCCCAUCAACCCCAAGAGCAACCGUGAGAAGAUGACACAGAUCGUUUUCGAGACGUUCAACGCCCCCGCCUUCUACGUCUCCAUCCAGGCCGUCCUUUCCCUGUACGCCUCCGGUCGCACCACCGGUAUCGUGCUCGACUCUGGUGAUGGUGUCACCCACGUCGUCCCCAUCUACGAGGGUUUCUCCCUUCCCCACGCCAUUGCCCGUGUCGACAUGGCCGGCCGUGAUUUGACCGACUACCUGAUGAAGAUCCUCGCCGAGCGUGGUUAUACUUUCUCCACCACGGCCGAGCGUGAAAUCGUCCGUGACAUCAAGGAGAAGCUCUGCUACGUUGCUCUCGACUUUGAGCAGGAGAUCCAGACUGCUGCUCAGAGUUCCAGUCUGGAGAAGUCGUAUGAGCUUCCCGACGGCCAGGUCAUUACAAUUGGCAACGAACGUUUCCGCGCCCCCGAGGCCCUCUUCCAGCCUUCCGUCCUUGGCCUGGAGUCUGGCGGUAUCCACGUCACCACUUUCAACUCCAUCAUGAAGUGCGACGUCGAUGUCAGAAAGGACCUCUACGGCAACAUCGUCAUGUCUGGUGGUACCACCAUGUACCCUGGUCUCUCCGAUCGUAUGCAGAAGGAGAUCACUGCUCUUGCUCCUUCUUCCAUGAAGGUCAAGAUCAUUGCUCCUCCCGAGCGCAAGUACUCCGUCUGGAUCGGUGGUUCCAUUCUGGCCUCUCUCUCCACCUUCCAGCAGAUGUGGAUCUCAAAGCAGGAGUACGACGAGAGCGGUCCCUCGAUCGUCCACCGCAAGUGCUUCUAA